AGGGCAGCCUGCUUCGGUUCAUAGCGGUGUGGCUCCUUGUGUCCGUGUCAGAGGAAAGUUGGACGCGUCCCCGGCGCGCUCUGCGUUUAUCUGCUCAAUUAACGGCUAAUUACAAGCUUGAGUCUGGACCGUGUGUGUGAGUGUGUGAGGCGUUCAUCACGGUGUUAACGACGUUGCCCCGCCCUGCUGGACUCCUGGAGGUACAAACUGGCUUUAAAUCCGGCAGACAUGUCAGAGAACUCCGGGUGUGAGCUGGAGAUCGACGUGGAGAGCCUGGAGACGGAGAGCGAAGAGCUGGCCGACUCCUCCGAGCGCCCCGGCUCUCCGCAGCUCGGCCACGCCGCCUCAGAGGACGACUGCCCCGGCACCAAGAGCCGCGACAGGGCGGGCCCCAUGUGCGCGGGUGACCAGAGGAAACUGAGCCGCACGCCGAAGUGCGCCCGCUGCCGCAACCACGGCGUGGUGUCCUGCCUGAAGGGCCACAAGCGCUUCUGCCGCUGGAGGGACUGCCAGUGCGCCAACUGCCUGCUGGUGGUGGAGCGGCAGCGGGUGAUGGCGGCGCAGGUGGCCCUGAGGAGGCAGCAGGCCACGGAGGAUAAGAAAGGCAUAUCCGGGAAACCAAUUCCUGCAGAGAGGAGGACGAUAUAUCAGCGACACAUCCGACCGUCCACCAUGCUCGCCAAAAGCAUCCUCGAAGGAUAUCGCCCGGUGCAGUCUGAUCCGUUCCUGGCAGCCAACCCGUCUCUUCCCCCUCCGCUGAGCGACCGCAUGAGGAAGAGAAGGGCUUUUGCAGACAAGGAGCUGGAAACCAUCAUGCUGGAGCGGGAGUACAAAGAACGAGAGCUGAUGGAGAACAACCAGGGGGCUCCAGGCUCUCUCCUCUUCCCCAACGGCUUGGUCCACCACUCGUCUGAGUACAACUCCUACAAGACGGCCUACUCGCCGGCAGCUCCGGUCGAGCCGCAGCCCAAAGAGCUGUGCAGCUUCCUCUCCCCUAACUGCCUGGAUCUGGGCAUGCAGUACCCCUCGACCCCUGGGAACGUUGAGCUCAUCUCCUCCAACGUCAGCGUGGCGACCACCUACCGCCAUUACCCGCUGCAGCCGUCGCGAGGUGGCUUCGUGAUGUGGCCCCGCGGCGCAGCCAACCUGGGAGACGCUCUUCUGUACCAGCAGUGCCUGUUUAACGCCACGGCGGUGCAGAACAUGAAGCCCGGUGCUGUGUGGGAGCCCAAAGCGAUGCCCGCUGAGAGUCAGCCGCCAGAGCAGGAGGCCGCGCUCGCUGCUAAAUUGGAGGGAUCCCGAGCCGCUGCUCUGCAGGACUUAUCAGACCCUCAGAGGCCCGACCCCAAACCUCCUGCCGUCACCCAGGGGGAGCAGAGGGAGUGCUCGGCCUUCUCUCCUCCUAAGAGGAGCUUUGGACAAUCUUUCCCCAACCACCCUCAUUCCCAAAACUCCAGCAAGUUAAGCAAGGACAGUGCUAAGCCUUCCAUGAAACUCAACUCCUUUCACUCCCUCAUCCAGCACUCGCUGAGUGAAAAAGCCAGCGGGUCCGGGCCAGAGCUCAGAGCUCCGUACUGCAAGGAGCUGUUAGAGGAGGCGGCCCGCAAGUACAGGGAGAGCUCUGCCAAAGACUUUCAGGCGGUAAAACUCGCAGACAGGUACGCCAAAGACUUUCUGUCGAAGCCUGUAGGGACCAAGAUGGCGCCCAGCGAGUCUCUGUCCUUCUCCGUGGAGGCCAUCCUCAAACGGCCCACGCCCGCCAUAAGUCGAGCAUUCCAUUAAAAUCCACGAGGUGUCCUUUGUUGCACUAUAAACACGAGGCUUGUCUCAGCCAGAGAUCAGCUGCAGUUGUGGUUUUUGGGGUCAAAUGUAAACGUGAGCACUGCAUCGGAAAAUAGACCAGUUUGAAAUGAUUGUUUUUCCAGUGUAAUAUUUAUGUACAGUGUAUAAUAUUUUACACGCGCAUGUUUGAAUAACUUUAUUUGUGUCGAGUAUUUAAACACGAUGUCGAUGUUUCCCUCACGUCAAUAAACUUUAUAAGACUGAACUUC